CCUCGCGCUGAGUCUGAGUCCUGGCCCCGGGGCUGAACGACGCACACACUCUCACAUUCACUCACGCACUCACACGUUCACUCACUCACACACUGAGCGGAGUCAUGGCAGCUACACACAGUGAGUACCGCGGUUACCUGCGGAACAGCAGCGUGGACAUGGAGGCCGGACCGCACCGCUUCCACCCGGUGCCGAGCUCGGAGUCGUGCACGUACCGGCCGCUGCUUUUCGGAACCCUCGCGGUUAUGGGAUUGCUGCAGGUGGCGUCCAGCGUGGCCAUUUUACUUCACCUGACCGGUUACCUGCAAGAGGUUGAUCUGUCCACGGCUCCUCAUCGACCCAUCGAGGUGAGAGGUCUGCGGGUUCAGCGGGCGGUCCUGAGGCGGCCUGAGACCGCGAGGAAAAACAGACGCUGCAAAAACCCCAAGGAGAGUUUGCCGUCGGCUCAUCUGCCAAUCAAAACCUACCAGGAGUAUUCAAAGAAGGGCGAGCAGGCCGUCACCAUCGACUGGGACGAGGAGCACGGCUACUGCCACAGGAUGCGCUACCAGAAGGGCAAGCUGCUGGUGAUGGAGCUGGGCUUCUACUACGUCUACGCCAAGACCUGCUUCCGCUACUACAAGCACGGGCCGGAGGACGGCAGCCCGGCGGCAGCGGGGGCAGCAGCGGCGGCGGCGGUGGACGUGCGGAACACGCAGCUGAUCCAGUACGUGUACCGCGAGAGCAUCAAGCAGAACAGCCGGGCCAUCAUGCUGAUGAAGACGGGCAGCACCGUGCGCCUCAACAGCACCAGCUACAACAUGUACUGCGCUCAGCAGGGGCGGGGCGUGCGGCUGGAGGAGGGCGACACGCUGUUCGUCAACGUGUCCAACGCGUGGAUGCUGGACCUGGAGGGGGAGGGGACUUAUUUCGGUGCCAUAAAGUUGGGCAACUGAUUUUUCAUGAUGGUGAGGAGCGGGCGUGGAGCUACUGAUGCCAGAGAAACCACUGUUUGAUUUAUGUCAACGAAAAAGUCUCUUUGUGUUUGUACUUGUUUUUAUUUCUCGUCAGAGCGUCGACUCUCGCCGCUCCAAACACCCAAAAUACCACUGGACUUUUUAUUUUCUUUCUUUAAGACGUUUUUUAUGUUGUGUUUCAGUCGAGGGCGCGAGACGUUUGUGCGCUAACGAGACAAAAGCACGGGCGGCGACUGAGGAGCGUGGGGAGGAGAACCGCAUCCAUCCGGGUUUUAUUGUCGGCGGAUUACUUAGCAGCAGCUUCUCCGGACUCUGACCCGGGCUCACGUGUGUGAACACGGCGGGUAACGAGGCGUCGUCCGCCACACAGCCGCUAACUCAACGCUAUAACGUUUUAAAACAAGCACUUAGACGCUGAUUUACGACGCCCCGGAAACCUCUUAGGCGGGGACGACUCGCUCUGACGCGGUUCUGGUUCUGGCCUUUGCACAUAAACGCGUUUUCUUUUCUUUUCCAGAAAAAAAGGUUGUGUUCCGUGUAAAAGAUGCUCACUUGUUUGGUUGCAGUAUGUAGUGUCACCACUAGAUGGCACCAAAUCCUCCCGCACUGGUCCUUAAAAUAUCGUCUUUUUUUAGUCGAGAGUUUGUCAGAGUUAGUUUUUACGUCAGAGAAACUGAACGUUUUGUUUUUUUUCCUCAUCUUCAAACAACAAACUCUGGUAUUGUUUGUGAUUAAUCGCGAGGUAAUCACUCCAUCUCUCAAAGGCUCCGCCCCUUUACUCUCCUUUACUCUCAGGUUUCUACAGAUGCUGGACUUGUGAGUUUUCCAAUGAAGAGACAUGGACAUGUGGAGUAGUUGCAGUAAAAACAGCCAAUAGGAGGCGCCCUCGCUCUCCUCUGAACUGUCCUGUGAUUGGACAAAGUCUUUCCUCAAAGGCUCAGAAGUCUAGAUCUGGUUCCAGACAUGAACUCUGGACAGUGUCUGGAGAAUCGGGUUUGGAUGUUCGUCCGAGUUUCAGGAGAACGUUGGAAAACAAAACGCUCGCUGUGGAUUAUCCAGAGAUCUGGCAGGAGAACAUCUGGAGAACGUCCAGAGCGACUUCUGUGGACGUUUGUGUUCCCGCGUACUGCUUUGGCUUUCCGUCUCCAUGAAGAACGACGGCACACGUCCUCAUGCCAGCAGGUCCGUUCAGAUUCAUCGCAAGAUCUUCUGGAACAUCAGGUUCCAGAAGUUCAGCCCUUUUUGGUUUGAUGGUUUGUGAACGUGUAAUGCGUAAUCUUGAGGGAGUUCCCAUGGUUACCGUCUUCCUCUUUGUUUUCCUUCUUGUUUGACAAAAACAAGGGUGUGCCACCAAGUGGACUGAAAGGUCCUCGUACCGUCCGUGUAGAAAAGGGCUUAUGACGAAGACUUGACCCUAGUGGACCUCAGUGGACACUCGGAUGCCGAACCUGUGACGCUGCCUGUAGACGAUUUUAUCUGCGUUAUUUUCAAAGAUUAUUGAUCAUUAACGGCCCAUUCAACCUACGUCAACCUCUGUGGACGCGUGUGACCCGAGACCUCGACCUAAACUAACGUCAUUUUUCAAACUUUAUUAUGGAAUUAUUGAGUAAUAACGGCAGAAAUGGCGUCUUCUGUAAAUGUCGUGAAAUCACGUCCCGACUUUUGUAAACGGCGUCGCGUCGGAUGUGCAAAGGCCUUUAAAAAGAAAACUGUGUCGCGGGUGAUUCCGCGCCCCCCCCCCACCCCCCCGUCUCCUAACGAGUGGCCCGCUCCACUGAAGACGAUCACAUGACGCGGUCACGUGACGCGCGGCCGUCUGUGACGAUGCAGAUAGCUGGACUGUCUGACCACGAGUGACACGAGAAACUUCACUAGAGGAACCGAGUUGACUUUGGUUUCGUCGUUAACUUAAUAAAGAUUUUUCGUUGAACUCUUCGCGGAGGUCAACGGGAAUAUGCACUAAGUAAAUAUUUAUUUAUUAGCUAUGGAAGUCCAGAGGCGGCUCAUUGUUACAGUGACCCCUCGGCUGUAAAAAAAGUCUUUUAUAUAUAUUUUUAAUGUCCGUGCGACAUUUAUUACGCAGCACUUAGAGGAAAUACUAGACACGCUUCUUCUUCUUCUUCUUCUUAUUAAAAACACAGGGGCUUGAUUUUUAAAUUCCAUAUUUAUGUAUCUCGAUUUCGCGACAAUUCUGUGUGCACUCGCCUUCGCCAAAAGCAAUAUGGAUUUAUUGUUUUCUUCUCCAAGAUUGUAGCAAACCUGUAAGAUCUAUCUGAUUGUUGUUUUUUUAAUUUAUGUU